AUGGCGCGAAAACAAAAGCAAGGGGCCGACGGAAUUAACUCUCGUCUUCAGCUUGUGAUGAAGAGCGGAAAAGUUUGUCUUGGGGUUAAAACCGCUGUGCACUCACUCAGAACCGGCAAGGCAAAGCUAAUUAUCAUCAGCAACAACUGCCCUGCACUUCGCAAGUCCGAAGUUGAGUAUUAUGCAAUGCUAGCAAAAUGCGGUGUACAUCAUUACCCUGGAGAUGUGCUGCUGCUGCGGCUGCAACGCGUGCAGCAGCAGCAGCAGCAGCAGCAGCAGCAGCAACAGCAGCAGCAGCAGCAAAGGGGUUUUUCUUCUGUUGGGGCGAACCGUAUAAAGCAGUAG